CCCUGGCUGAUGCCACCGCCCCCCGCCCCCGCCGGGAGUCCGACGUGGAAGUUGCUGGCCGACCGGGAUUCCGUGAAACCGCCUCGGAGGGGGAGCGGAGGCCAAGACGAGCGAGGUGCCCCGAGGCUCGAAUAGGAUUCGCUGCCGUGGCCCGAGCCUGUGUCUGGCUAUAGGCGUGGGCGGACAGGCCGUUCACCAUGGUUGGACUACUUCUGUAGAGAAAGCUUUUCUUCAUCAACUACUUGAUCACACUAUGAUAUAGUUCCUACAGGAAAGGUGGCUUUUUCUCAAGUAUUUUCUCUAGUCUGUUUGGAACCCGGGAAAUGAGAAUUUUAAUUUUGGGAUUAGAUGGAGCAGGAAAAACUACAAUUUUGUACAGAUUACAGGUUGGAGAAGUCGUCACUACAAUUCCUACCAUUGGAUUUAAUGUUGAGACGGUAACAUACAAGAACCUUAAAUUCCAAGUCUGGGAUUUAGGAGGACAGACAAGUAUAAGGCCAUACUGGAGAUGUUAUUAUUCAAAUACAGAUGCAGUCAUUUAUGUAGUUGACAGUUGUGACCGAGACCGAAUUGGCAUUUCCAAAUCAGAGUUAGUUGCCAUGUUGGAGGAAGAAGAGCUAAGAAAAGCCAUUUUAGUGGUGUUUGCAAAUAAACAGGACAUGGAACAGGCCAUGACUCCUUCAGAGAUGGCAAGUUCUCUUGGGUUACCUGCCUUGAAGGAUAGAAAAUGGCAAAUAUUCAAAACUUCAGCAACCAAAGGCACUGGCCUUGAUGAGGCAAUGGAAUGGUUAGUUGAAACAUUAAAGAGCAGACAGUAAAUCAAUCACUUCUGCUCCUCUGAAAUGAAGACCACCUCACAUAUUCCUUCUGGAAACAGUUAAGUGUGGUUCACGCUACUAAAACUGUAUGAUUGUUGGCAUAUACUGAACUGACCACAACAUUUGUAAUAAAUAUAAAAAAUAAGCAUUUGGUUGGAAGGGUAACGUGAUUGAACUGAGUAUCUGUUCUGUGUAAUGUAAAAUCCUCCAUUGCUUUCUUGUGUUAAGAUAUAUAUUCUAUUUGUAUGGAAUUCUUAUUCAAAUAGAGUCCUAUUAAAGAAUGUACUAUUAUUAAUGGAAAAAAACCCCUCCUAUUUUUGAAUUAGUGGUUGCAGCUUGUUUGUAUAAACACUAAUAAAUAUCUUAAUGCAGACUUUUUCCCUCCUAAAAAAUGAAUUAAGUUUUUCCAAAGAUUAGACUGAGUAGACUAGGAACAUACUGUGGGUAGUAGUCUUCAUUUGUUUAAUGACCUCUUUAAGCUAUUUUGUUUAAAAGCUCUCGGUUAUAGGCAUGAAGUUGAAAUAUUUUGGUGGUUAACUUCAGUAACACCUGUAAUUGUUAUUUUAUGUAGUACUUUAUAGUUGAAAAAAUCUUAUAUAUAUUGACCUAGUUGAUUUGUACAGGAACCCUGUGAGGUAGGUAGGACACGUUGUAAUGUCAUUUUUAUGGAUGUGGACCCAAGGUUCUGAUAGGUUGGCUUGUCCAAAAUCACCUGCUAGUGAGGUGGGCACAGGGCUCAAAGUGAGACUUCAGGAUCAAAAGCUUGUCUCAGACAUCAUAAAUUCCUGAAAAUGCCAACAUUGGGUAACACAGAUAAUAACUCCUUAAAUAAAAUUAUGCCAAUUUAAGCAGAGUACAUUCAAAAUGAUGUCUGAAGGUUAUUUACCAUACUAGUAAUAGUAGAGGUAGUAAAAAUAAUCCUAAAUGGUUAUAUUUGGAGGAAUCUCUACAUGUUAAAGAAAAAAAUGCACAUUAAAGGAAAAUUUGAAAAAGGCCUGUUUUAAGAAGCAUUGUGAAAGAUUUAUUUACUGUCUUAUCUACCUGCAGUUGGACAUGUAAAUUUGGUGAAAAAUAAAAUCUUACUGGUUCUACAGGGAGAAAUUAAGCAUGCUUGGUUUUAAAAAUUAGACUUACUGUUAGGCUAUCAAAAACAGUUAUGGAACUUUUCAGAUUACCCAGUCUAACACAGGACUGGCUGUAGUUUGAUGGAAGUAAAUGUAGACCUUAGUACUUAUUAAAUUAAGGGGAAUUUUCAUGUUUUAAAAGUUGGACAACUGGGGGCAUUUAAAAAAUUAGAUGCUGGUAAAGAAUGCUUUGCCCUUCAGGAACACUAGCGGUUCAUUUCCUGUCCCUACCACUGACCUGGAUGUUGGCCUCUGGUCUCUUUCUCUCACGCUUUUGGUCAUUGAGCUCAAAUCAAUGUGGCUUUCUGUUUUCAUCUGUGGGACUUUUACUCAUUCUCCAAUACCCAUUCUUAAUUUGGUCUCUCUGAAAUCUCUUUUGGAGGCCUUUCUCCAGGCACACAUUCCCAGUGCACUUAGUAUUACUGAACAUGUAACUAAUGUUGUUUCAUAGAUUCCAAGGCACUUCUGUCAGGUAGGGUACCUUUUUCAUAUUUCUAUCCUCAGGAUCCAGUAUGGUGCCGUCUAACACUAACGGCCCUUAGAGUAUGUUCAUGGUUGAAAUAGUUUAUGUAUGUCAGCUAGGAAAUAGUACCUCUGCACUUUAUACGUGGGUCUCCUCUGGUCAGUGGCAUAUGUCUAGUGCUGUCUGUGUACCCCAGUGGCUAUGCAUCCCCCAGCAAUUCAGGAACACCAUGACAAUGAAAUUGGGGCAGGUGAAGCCCUGGCAGGCAGUUGCUGCCCAGCACAUAGCCUUUGCUGUCUUGAAUACUGAGGGCACUUGAGGUUGUAGCAAAGGCCAACACUUGGUUGAUCCUGAUCUCUGGUUUAUCACAAAGAAUAGGAUGGGAUAAAUAGAGCACACACUUAUUUUAAUAUGGUAUAAAUUAUAAGGUACCUAUCCAGCAGGAAACUACAGGUAUGUUACAGGAGUUUGGAUACUUAUAAAAAUCUAGUGAUUAUUAUUUUGUGAGAAGCCUGAAAAUGGGAGAAGCACCAAACUUGAAAUCACAACACAUGAGUUCUCAGCACAAAUGGCCACUCCUUCAGGUUUUUUCUAUAAAACAAAAGACUUGGACAAAUUGUAUCAGAAGUUUCUUUUGCUCUAACAACUCUGGUUGGUAGCUGUGCUAUUAUGUGUUCACAUUGAAAAAGUUGAGAGGCGAAAUUUUGUUAUCAGCCUACCUGAGAUGCACUUUAAAUUGUGGAAAUGUAAGCUCCUUGAGGGCAGGGACCAUACUGUUAGUACCCCUUCAAUCUAAUUUGGUGUACCUGGCACAUAGUAGGCACUCAAUAAAUAUUUACUGACUAAAA